CACCUAAACCUACGCGUAAGGAGCACCUUCAGAGAACAAAACUCAUCAACCGCCCGUCUCAUUGCAGACGCAGUAUCUCCACUCACAAAAUCACCACCACUUCACAGAAAGGGGAAGGUUUCCACUCUCUCCUCAAUUCCUUUCCCCUUGGCUCUUUCCUUUUCUUUUAUCCUAAUAGACUUAAUCUGUUCGUUUGUUUUCUAUAUAUAUAUAUAUGAGGACGCUUUGUCCUAAUUAUGACAGGGAAAAUGGACUCGACACCGUCCUGGAGGUGCCUAUACCAGAAGAAAUGUUUGUCAAAAUGGGCAGCAACGCGGCUUUACGUUGGGCAAAUAUGCGUCAAUUGAUGAAAGCUCAAUCCCGUUCUUCUGAUAGGUCAUCCUAUCUCCAGGCUAAAUCUAACAAUGAGUUCAUUGCAUUGCUCAAGCUUGUUGGCUCUCCUCUCAUCUCUUUCCAGGUUCAAUUGGGUAGCCCCUUCAGCCGCCCCAUUAAAGAUUCUAGCAUUGAAGCUUCAACGGCAAAAUAUAUUGUGCAACAAUAUGUAGCGGCAACAGGAGGGCCGGCGGCAUACAACACAGUGAGUAGCAUGUAUGCGGUGGGGCAGGUGAAGAUGCGAGGCUCAGAAAUGCAGCAAGGUGAUGACAGUGUGCACGCAAGAGGCAAUUGUGAGGCCGGUGGCUUUGUGCUAUGGCAAAAAAACCCCGACCUCUGGUGCCUUGAACUUGUUGUCGCUGGUUUUAAGGUAAGCGCAGGAAGUAAUGGCAAAGUUGCAUGGAAUCAAUCUUCUUGUCAACCCAAUCACGCUCAUCGAGGCCCCGCCCGCCCCCUCCGCCGCUUCUUUCAGGGAUUGGAUCCCAGAUGCACGGCUAACUUAUUUUUAGACGCUGUAUGCAUUGGAGAGGAGACGAUCAAUAAUGAAGCUUGUUUUGUUCUGAAACUGGAGUCUCCUUCUCACGUUCUGAAAGCGCAAAACUCAGCCAACACAGAAAUCGUCCAUCACACUGUAUGGGGCUACUUCAGCCAAAGAACCGGGCUGCUAAUUAAAUUCGAGGAUACAAAGUUGGUGAGGAUGAAGACUGUCAAAGGAAAUGAUAAUGUAUUUUGGGAGACUAGUAUGGCAUCCACCAUUGAUGAUUACAGAUAUAUCGAUUCCCUCAGUAUUGCACAUACGGGAAAGACCGUCACUACUCUUUACAGGUAUGGAGGGGCUCAUAAUCAUAUGAGGAAGACUGAAGAGAUUUGGCAGAUUGAAGAUGUUGAUUUCAAUAUAUGUGGAUUGACCUCAGAAGACUUUCUUCCUCCUGCUGAAGUCAAAAGAAAACAAUAUGCUGCGGCAAAUGUCACCUAGAUUUCUUCUUCACUGGUUUUUGAAAACCCAGAAAAGAAAAAAAAAAUUUCAAACAAAGAUUAAUGUGUCUGUAUAUA